GAAGGGUUGCCGGAAUUGGGUGGCAACCAUGGACUCUAGGGUGGCAAUUUGGGGUGUGGGUAUGUUGUUUUUCUCAUUAAUGGUGGUCGGAGAAAGCGGCGGCGUUGGUGGUGGCGGUGGUUCUUCAAAGAGAGGGAAAUGUGAAUUUCCGGCAAUAUUUAACUUCGGAGACUCCAAUUCCGACACCGGAGCUGGAUCAGCAGCCUUCGGUGAAAUUGAUGAACCGAACGGAAUGAAUUUUCACCUUCGUAAAAGAUCCAGCGACGGUCGCCUCAUUAUUGAUUUCUUCGCUGAGAAAUUGGGAUUGCCAUAUUUGGAUGCACCACUGGACACAAUUGGUACAAGUUUUAAGCAUGGAGCUAAUUUUGCAGUAGGGGGAUCCAAGAUUAGUCCAAUCGUCCUUGUGGGUAGCAUGAUCCCUCUUCACCUCGGUGCCCAAGUCUCUGAGUUCUUACAAUUCAAGUCACGCACCAUUGCCCUCUCUCACCACCACCCCUCCAACACUAGUUAGUUUUUCUCUAUCCUUCUCCUUUCUUUUCUUUUUGUCCGUUCCACUCACUCGAUGUUUCAAUUCAAUCCCAAAUACAUAAAUCGGACACAAUCUUUUUUCAUAAAAUGGAUUUUACUUUUUGUAGGUCUCACACUUGUAUAACAGGAUUGUGAUUAAUUUUUAUAUUCUCAUA